CAAAAUCCCACCCUCCGCCGAACAAUUUUAAAUUUCAUUGGUCCAGUCUAUCACUCACACUUCUUCACACACCAAUUGUUUUUCUUUAAUAGUAACAACUUUAUGGUAUCAUAUUGGUCCACGUACUCAUCAUACACCAAAGGUGUAGCUGCCAAUUACAAUGGGCAUUUCGUCAUUCCAUUAGCUUUCUAGGGACAAAUAUCACUCAAAAUUUUGUAAUGUUGUUACGGCAAUCAUUUCAUUUCCCAUGGCCAAUAGCAUGUUCAUUUAACUCCAACAGUAGCCAGGAAAAAGCAAAGGAACAGGAGCCAAUUCGACAAAUACACAGCGAAAGAGCUCUGAGAAAAAUCUGUUGUGUAUACUGAGAUUUGCUUGUAUAUGGGUCUCUGGGAAGCUUUUCUCAAUUGGCUCAGAAGCCUCUUCUUUAAACAGGAAAUGGAGCUUUCUUUGAUAGGGCUGCAAAAUGCAGGGAAAACUUCGCUUGUAAAUGUUAUUGCCACUGGUGGAUAUAGUGAAGAUAUGAUACCAACGGUGGGAUUUAACAUGAAGAAAGUGACUAAAGGUAAUGUCACUAUAAAAUUGUGGGACCUUGGAGGUCAGCCAAGAUUCCGAAGUAUGUGGGAAAGAUACUGUCGCGCAGUUUCAGUUAUAGUUUAUGUUGUUGAUGCUGCUGAUCAUGAUAAUCUUAGCAUUUCUAAAAGUGAACUCCAUGACCUGCUCAGCAAGCCGUCAUUGAGUGGUAUUCCAUUGCUGGUAUUGGGGAACAAGAUUGACAAGCCUGGAGCUCUGUCCAAGCAGGCUUUCACUGAUGAGAUGGGAUUGAAAUCUAUAACUGACAGAGAAGUGUGCUGCUAUAUGAUCUCAUGCAAAAAUUCCACCAAUAUUGACUCAGUCAUUGAUUGGCUUGUUAAGCACUCAAAAUCAAAGAGUUGAAGGAUGAUAACCUUUCUACUGCUACUGAUUUUGUGUAUCAAAAUCCUGAGGCUAUUGGUUCCUUCUGUUGAUUCCUCCAGAGUUGUCUUGUAAUGUAAAGUAAAUUAUCUUGCCGAUUGAGAGAGCUGUCACAUGUGUAUUUUUUUC